GUGUCAACUGUCAACAUAAUUUAUAAUUUUUUCAUAACCUUGUUUGCUUUCUUCUUAAAUGAAAAUAAAAUGGUAGACGAAGGCACUAGGAAAACAUUAAGUAAUAUCCCAUUAUUAAAAACAAAAGCCGGCCCAAGAGAUAAAGAACUAUGGAUACAAAGGUUAAAGGAAGAAUACCAAUCUCUGAUUAAAUAUGUCCAAAAUAACAAAGCAGCAGAUAAUGAUUGGUUUAGGCUAGAAUCUAACAAAGAGGGAACAAAGUGGUUCGGAAAGUGUUGGUUCAUCCACGAACUGUUAAAAUAUGAGUUUGAUGUGGAAUUUGAUAUUCCCAUCGGAUACCCCACAACUGCCCCAGAAAUAGCCCUUCCAGAACUUGACGGCAAGACUGCUAAAAUGUAUAGAGGUGGUAAAAUUUGUCUUAGUGAUCAUUUCAAACCAUUAUGGGCUAGGAAUGUACCUAAAUUUGGAAUCGGUCAUGCCAUGGCUUUGGGGCUUGGUCCAUGGUUAGCUGUGGAAAUUCCAGAUUUAAUAGCAAAAGGAGUGAUAUCUUACAAAGAAAAGACAAGUCAAUGAUCCAUAUAAAUAAAUUUAUAGUUAAGAAUAAGAGCAAAAUAAAUAUUUUCCAUUUUA